GAUCAGUCCGAUCUCCCUGCAACGCUGUCGAUUGCCUCCCUGACAUAGCACCACCCUUCAUUGCUCCUCCCUCAUCCACAACCCCACCUACAGUCGAUGCGUGCUUUCCGCCCCAGUCUGAUCCAGCGCACCUUUGCCCAAGGUUCCAGGAGAUCUUUAAGCAGCGCAUCCCUUUCUAGAGUUUCGGCUCUUCAUCCUGUAGCGCCUACACGAACCCAGCGUGUCGCUCCCUCACGUGCUUUCAUUCAAUCUAAAAAGACAGCUUUGGUCCGCCACUGUUCGUGUCAACGAGCCAUGUGCAGAUCUCACGGUGCCGCUGAUAUUAGCGGCGGUAUGCACGUCACUCAGGGCAGAGUUGUUCUGCCCACCAAUGUCAAGCCUGUACACUAUGAUCUCACGCUUGAGCCUAACCUCGAGGACUUCACCUACAAAGGCACCGUAAUCAUUGAUCUUGAUGUGGUUGAUGACACGACUUCAAUCUCUCUGAACACUCUCGAAAUUGACAUUCAUAGCACCAAGGUUACCUCUGGUUCAACGCUGAUCAGCUCCUCGCCCAAGCUAUCCUACAAUGAAGACACGCAGACUACGACCGUGUCUUUUGACAAGACCAUUCCAGCUGGGUCCAAGGCCCAGUUGACCCAAACCUUCACCGGAAUCUUGAACGACAAGAUGGCUGGUUUCUACCGGUCUUCCUACAAAGGCAGUAACGGCGAAACCAAGUACAUUGCGACCACCCAGAUGGAACCGACUGACGCGAGAAGAUCAUUCCCAAGUUUCGAUGAACCGGCACUCAAAGCCAGUUUCACAAUCACUUUGGUCGCUGACAAGCAUCUCACUUGUCUGAGCAAUAUGGAUGUCGCUGCGGAAAAGGAGGUCGACUCAGCAUUCGGCGCAGGCAAGAAGAAGGCUGUCACUUUCAACAAGACGCCUUUGAUGUCAACAUAUCUCCUUGCCUUCAUUGUCGGCGAGCUUAAGUGUAUCGAGACAAACAACUUCAGAGUCCCGGUCAGAGUAUUUGCUACCCCGGACAAGGACAUCGAACACGGGAAAUUCUCGGUAGAACUUGCGGCAAAAACGUUAGACUUCUACGAGAGAACAUUUGACAGCAAAUUCCCGCUUCCAAAAAUGGACAUGGUUGCUAUCCCGGACUUCAGUGCAGGCGCAAUGGAAAACUGGGGAUUGGUUACCUACCGUGUUGUUGACCUCCUUUUCGACGAGAAGACUAGCGGUGCGUCAACGAAACAGCGCAUUGCUGAGGUCGUGCAGCAUGAGCUUGCCCAUCAGUGGUUUGGCAACCUGGUCACAAUGGAUUUCUGGGACGGUCUUUGGCUCAAUGAAGGUUUUGCGACAUGGAUGUCGUGGUACUCGUGCAACGCUUUCUAUCCCGAAUGGAAGGUAUGGGAAAGCUAUGUAACCGACAACUUGCAAAGCGCUUUGUCUCUCGAUUCGUUGCGAAGCAGUCACCCCAUUGAGGUACCAGUGAAAAGGGCAGACGAGAUCAACCAGAUAUUCGAUGCCAUCUCAUACUCAAAGGGUUCUUGUGUCCUCCGCAUGAUUUCGAAAUAUCUUGGAGAGGAUGUCUUCAUGGAGGGAGUCCGACGUUAUUUGAGAAAACAUGCCUAUGGAAACACUAGCACGAGCGAUCUUUGGGCUGCUCUUGGCGAUGCUAGCGGCAAAGAUGUGGAGAAGGUGAUGGACAUCUGGACCACGAAUGUCGGCUACCCUGUCGUCUCUGUGACUGAAGAUGCCAAGUCGAGCUCGAUUCAUGUGAAGCAAAACCGUUUCCUCAGAACUGCUGAUGUGAAGCCGGAGGAGGACCAGACCUUGUUCCCCGUCUUCCUUGGCGUACGUACCAAGGAUGGUGUUGACGAAGAAGUGACCCUCUCCGGGCGGGAGUCGAAUUUCAAGCUUGGUGAUCUCGAUUUCUUCAAAAUCAAUGCUGACCAUUCCGGAAUUUAUCGAACUUCCUACAGCCCAGAGCGGCUUCAAAAGCUUGGCCAGGCAGCAAAGAAGGGCCUGUUGACAGUUGAGGAUCGAGCUGGCAUGAUUGCUGAUGCCGGUGCUUUGGCCGCUUCAGGCUACCAGAAGACUUCUGGUAUUCUUGGACUUCUCCAAGGAUUUACGGAUGAGACCGAAUUCGUUGUGUGGGACGAGAUCACUACUAGGAUUGCUACGAUCCGCAACGCCUGGAUCUUUGAGGAGGAGCCGGUAAAGGAGGCCUUGAAGAGUUUCCAGCGGACUCUUGUGAGCGACAAAGCUCACAAGUUGGGAUGGCACUUUGAAGAAAGCGACGGUCAUAUCGAACAGCAGUUUAAGAGUCUUCUCUUCGGUUCCGCUGCUCUUGCUGGCGACCAGCGAAUCAUUGAUGCGGCGUUUGAGAUGUUCCAGAAAUUCUGCGCUGGUGAUAGAAAAGCCAUCCAUCCAAACCUCCGUGGAGCAGUUUACAGCAUUGUUCUCCAAAAUGGAGGCGAGAAGGAGUACGAUGCAAUCCUCAAUGAGUAUCGCACUGCGAAGAACAGCGAUGAGCGUAACACAGCGCUGCGCAGUCUCGGUCGCGCACGCGAGCCAUCAUUGAUCCAGCGCACUCUCGCUUUGCCGCUCUCUGACGAAGUAAAGGAGCAGGACAUUUACCUUCCCCUUGGUGGUCUCCGCACUCAUACUGCAGGUAUCGAAGCUCUUUGGAAAUGGAUGAGGGACAACUUUAGCACCUUGGAAGCGAAGCUGCCUCCGGGUCUUUCCAUGCUCUCUUCGGUAGUCCAAAUCUGCACUUCUAGCUUUACGAAGGACGAACAGAAGAAGGAGAUUGAAGACUUCUUCAAAACAAGAAGCACGAAAGGAUUCGAUCAGGGCCUUGCCCAGAGUCUUGAUGCAGUCCGUGCCAAAUCUAAUUGGCUCAAGCGGGAUAACGAGGACGUCCAAGAAUGGCUCAAGAAGAAUGGUUACUUUGGAAAGCAGGCUGAAGGUAGAUUGUAGGGUCAUUGGUUGUGAAAAGCGAUCACAAUUUGAAGUCGUAGAUGGCCGCAUCUCAUGCGUGGUAAAGCUUUGCCAGCACCUUGUAAAUUAGUACAUAUACGCAUAACGUUGUGUGAAGUAGAUUCAACUGUCGAAAAAAAUCAAAAAGCUCUUCUAGAGAUGGGUAACCACCAGGAUUUUCAAGGAAAACAAGAAAAACCCCUGCCAUGAGGUGGGCAUGGCUCGAUUAUUUGCACUGUCGCCCUCGUGUCAUUCAAGCCGGGGUUUAAGUACUUGUAGAUUAUUCGCAUCGACUUCGGGGC